AUGGCUGAAGCGAUAAAGUCCAUCACCUCUCGUAUCCUCGAUCUCCCGCCAAGUUGCAUCGCUUUUGUUCCUACUCACCCAAGACUGUUCGUAGUGGGAACGUACUACUUACAUCCGCGAGAGGAGCAGGAAACGCUGCCUUCUGAAUCGAAAGUGGAUCCGGAAAAUGAUGCAGGCCAAAGCUCCAACGAUGCUGAUGAUGAAGAAGAGAGGGAUGAGGACGACGAGGUCCAAAGAAAAGAUCCCCAGCCUCAGAAGAGAUCGGGAAGUCUGAUCCUGUUCGAUCUCGAUCCCGAGACCAGUCAAGUAACACUCCUCCAAACCUUACCCAUAUCCUCCGCCGUACUAGACAUCCAAUGGCGACCAUCUCUGUCCUCCUCCACCGUCUCAAGCCCACCACUUCUCGCGACCGCCACAUCAACCGGCUCCGUCCACUUCCACACUCUAGCAUCCUCCUCCUCCGAAGCUCCAGCCGAAUUACAACCCAUCUCAACACAUCAACUGACAGACAGCACCGCCGAGCUAUGUCUCUACUUCGCCUGGCAUCCAACCCGACCCGACAUUUUCGGCGCAACAUUCAACGACGGAAAUGCAAAAGUCUACUCCACCUCUUAUACCAGCAGCCCAGCCCCCCGGAACGAACUCACAAUCCACCACAUCGCAACUCUACCCUCCCACUCCCUCGAAACCUGGUUCCUCUCCUUCUCACCCACACCUGCAAGCGACAACUCCUCAUCAGUCUACACAGGCGGCGACGACGGCCUCCUCCUCGUUUCCUCCCUCCCACUUUCCCACGAGCCCGUACUCGAAGCCAUCAAUCUCCACACUCGCAUUCAAGAUCGAAAGUCCCACCAGGCAGGCGUGACAUCCAUCCUCCCACUUCCUGCAUCCUUCUCGCCCACGGCUUCUCAACGUCGAGAGUUGGUACUCACAGGCUCCUACGACGACCACAUCCGCCUCCUCUCCCUUCCUGUUCCUGGACAAACCGGUCGUGUGCAGGUGCUCGCGGAAAUGGACUUAGGCGGUGGGGUCUGGCGGCUGAGUUUCCUCUCCUCCUCUACCACGAAGGAUGGCGAAGGGGAGGACGUGGUGAUACUAGCGAGUUGCAUGCACGCCGGCACGCGGAUUGUGCGUUUACAUCGACCUCGGCAGGGUGGUGUUGGUGUUGGUGAGGAGGGAGAUUGGGAAUUCGAAGUGCUGGCGAGGUUCGAAGAGCAUCAGAGUAUGAAUUAUGGAAGUGAUGUGCAACCUGUUGUAGGCGUAGGGGAUGGGAAGGGCAGAAGGAGGAGGAAGAUUGUGAGUACGAGUUUUUACGAUCGGUUGCUUUGUGUUUGGGAUGUGGAGUUAUGA